ACGGCUCGAACAUGGCGGAGGCCAUCGGCUUGGCCGCUAGUAUCGCUGGCCUCGUGCAACUCACUGGAUCUGUCUUUAAACUGCUCACCAAGUUCUGCAAGGAAGCCAAAGAUGCACCGUCAAAAGCCCAAGACCUCGCCACCCAGACAAGAGAUCUUGCUGGAAUUUUCGAAAACCUGAGAUUACUGGCUUCGGCGUUGGAAGAGCGAGACUUCAAUCCAGCGCUCAAACCGCAACAUCUCGAGUCGUGUCAGAAGACAUUGAAUAAGAUUAGUAACAAGCUUGACAACGCGCUUUCUGACUUUGAUGGCGGCAAAUCAGCACGGCGUUUCGUUCGCAGGUUGAAAUGGCCCUUUUCACUGCAGGAGACAAAAGAUUUCGUCGCCGAGCUGGCCAAUCAUCGCGCCAAUCUUCAACUUGCUCUCGCUGCAGAUAGUAUGGACGCUUUGAUCAAGAGUCUGGCCAAGCAGGAUGAAAUUCAUAGCAUAAUCGAAAGAAGGAUCAGUUUUGAGACUCGAGUAGAGCUCAACAAGCGGCGCAAAGAGGUCAUGAACUUCUUCAUGCGUAUAAAACCUCAGGACUAUCUCGAUGUCAGUCGCGAGCUCCGGCAUGAAGCGACUGGGUCUUGGCUUACCAGCGACGAUUCAACCUUUGAAAGGUGGAAGAAUGGAUCAAACUCUCAAUUGUGGCUCAGCGGUAUCCCAGGCAGCGGAAAGACUGUUCUCUGUGGACUUGUCAUAGAGACUGUUCUUGAACAGAGCGAUGAUAUGACUGCAGUGUGUUUCGCGUUCUGCGACUACAAAAACCCGGACUCGUGUCUCCCCGAAAAUAUCCUGGCCGCACUUGCAGUCCAACUUGGUCUCCAAGGCGAGGAAGCCUUUGACCUUCUCGAUGAAUACUUCGACAUGCUCCAUCCCGAUGAUAAGCUCCCUACCAAACCAAGAUUAGACGACCUUAUGGAGCUCUUUGGAUCCAUGUCUGAAGCUUAUGAGAAAGUAUUUGUUAUCGUUGAUGGGCUAGACGAAUGCGGUGGUCAGGUAGCUCGUAUGACCUGGUCCUUGAAAGCUAUAGUAGAUGGAUCUGAGACUGUCAGCUCUGCCUUCUUUAGCCGAAAGGAAGAAGAGAUCCGUGAGCAACUCGCUGAGGGGUUUGAACACAUUGAGGUUUCAGCCCAUGUGAGGGAUUUGGAAGACUACACACUUGCAGAAGUCAGCAAGCGAAAGGUACUCAAAAGCAUCGAACGGACGAACCCGGAUCUCUAUAAGGAUAUACUUCACACUUUAGUGCACGGAGCUCAAGGAAUGUUUCGGUGGGUGGCUUGCCAGAUCGACCAUAUCUGCAACCUCCCCAAUAACAAAGCUCGAAAGAGAGCUUUAACCGAGCUUCCACCAACUCUGAACGAGACUUACGAUCGUGUUUUACAAAGGGUCAUGCAAUGUCCGCCUGAAACACAGACCUGUGUCAGAAGAGCUCUUCAAUGGACAGCACUGGGAUCACCCAAGAUGAACAUCGCCAGUUUAUGCGAAGCAGUCUCGUUCCAGCAAGACAUGGAUACAUUCGAAGCCGAUGAUAUCAUUGAGUCUGAGGUUAUAUCGCGUAAUUGCGGAUGUCUGCUACGAAAGUCUCUAGACGGAAACUACUUCGAGUUUGCCCACUUCACAGUCUUGGAAUACCUAGAACGGACUGAAGUCGGCGACUUUCGAUACUCCGAAGAGGAUGCUUACCGGUCAUUCGCGCAAACUUCGAUUAGUUACCUGUUGCUUCCACACUUCGAUCGGGUGCCGACUAUCAUUGAUACAGUCGAGGAAGCUUACGCCAAAGAAAGGAACCAAAGGCACCCUUUCUACAAGUUCGCCGCCUAUACUCCGCUGGGAAGGCAGAGAAGCACAGCUUCCUAUCCUAUCCACUUGAAAGUUAUGGAAGAAGAACCCGUUCUGGAACUUCUCAAGCAGCUCUUCGAUGUCCACAAGACUGGCAACUUUAGGGCAUGGGCUCAUGCGGUGUUAUCUGGCGGGCAGGCCGAGCUGUCGAUUAUACACCAACUGUCAAACGGCCCACUGCAUCUCGCGGUGUUUCUACUAAGUCCCAAGUUGUCCCAGUUCCUUAUUGACAGUGGUAUCGACGUGGAUGUGGUGCGAGGUAACGCCACUCCGCUCGCCAUGGCGAUCGCUCUGGAGGAAGGAGGUUCUCUUGGGGAAAGGAUGAAAGAUCACCGUGUGAUGGAACAAAUGACUCGUACCAUCAACGUUCUCUUGGAUAACGGCGCUGAUACUGCGUUUGUCAUCGAGGGCUAUAGUUGCAUGGCUCAUGCCAUUGACUCGUUGCCAGGUCAUUACCUUCUGCAGUUCAUUCGUCCAACGUCUGCCGUGCCAGAAGAUGCAGUUGCAGCUUUCUCAAAGUUUGAGUGCAAGGACAAAUCUGAUGACUUGGUACUCGAGGCUGUACUUCGUUUAGCUAUUGGGGAAGAAGCUUCCCCUCAGUGGAAACCAUUGGCACCCACGGCGUUGUCUUUUUCUCGUGCACGUGGCCUUACUUUACCGCAGAUGGCUCUCAGCCCUACAGCUUAUAGGUACAGUGACCUUGAGUAUCGACAAGCACUUGAGAUUGCUGCCAAGUUUGGACUAGUCGAUGAGCUGUCGACACUCAUGUCGGAUCCACGUUAUAGCAGCGCUACUACCAAGCCGAACGAUUUCGAGCUGUUGAGUGCCGCAGCUAGAAGCACAUCAGCCAACAGCGGCAAGAUAGUUGAAGUUCUUCUUCAGUCUGGUAUUGAUCCACAUAUUUGCAAUACCUUUGGACAGCAUUGUCUACAUAUCAGUUGUGAGUCGAACAAUGCAGAUGUAGCCUCAGUUCUUCUUUCUAGAGGGGUCCAUCCUGGAUCUAAAGACGACAAUGGCAAGACCUCAUGGCACGCGGCGUGCUAUAGCGGACACGAAAAGGUCAUGAGCCUACUCCAGAAACAGGAUGAAAAGACCACGGUGGAUCUCGCUACUUUAGAUAACGAUGGUCGAACACCCUUCUCGGCUGCCCUUCACAACGGUCAUACCAAGCUAGCACUCGAGUUAUUGGAGAUCCUACCAGCCGAGGCAAACUACUUUGCCUCAAAGAGCCCAAUAAUGGAGGAUGUAGCUGCCCUUGGUUCCUUGGAACUAUUGACUGCAUUGCGAGAUAAAGCAAUUACAGACUUGGAUGUCUCGAAUGUGGAAACGACACCUAUGCACCAUCUGAGCGCCACAUGCACUCCGGAUUUUGCUCGGAGCUUGGCCGAACUAUAUGAUCCAUUCCGUGCUGAUAGCUCAGGGAAAUUCCCGUUUCAAAUGUUCUUCGAGCGGUGGCUUCGUCACAACAUCCUUAUAAAGUUUGAUGAGACGGUACCCUUGGACCCCGAAAUGUUGAAGAUUCUCAUACCGAAGGACAAUGAAUUCUCAAGCGCUGGUAAAGUGACACAUGCUUGGCAACUUGUAUGUGCUGGCCUAGCGAUGGAGGAGAUCUGCUGUGAAGCUGAUGUCUUUGUCCCCAUGGAUUGUUACUAUUAUUUCUCCAGGGAUCUGACUACACUAUUCAACCACGGUGUUCUCUACUCGUAUGAGAGCAAAACGAAGAUAUCUGGUUUGGUUCCGCUGGUCGGAUCCCUGAAGGAUUGGACAAGAGAUCAUUUUUGCUCGACAUCUUUUGUCACUCUGCUAUCCCAAGUCGUGGACUCUUCAAAGAUCAGUACCUCGCUCGAGGCUGUCGACGAUAGCUACCGUUUCUUCAAGUUAGCUAUGUUAAGGGCCGGUCCAGAGGUUAUGCUUAAGCUCAUCGAUCUCGGUGCUAAUGUUCAUCGGCGGGUCCCUGAGGAUGUAUCAAGCAGCCCAACGUCACUAUUUGAGAUAGCUUGUGAAGAGGCAAGUAUUGAACCAUUCAAGGCCAUACUGGAGACUGUUCCUUCUCAAAGUAUUAGCGCCGUUGGCCUGACUGGCCAAAGCCCACUUGAGCUGGUUGUCAAAGGUUCAAGCCCAGAUAAGAUAUCUCUGAUCAAAGCACUAGACGAGAAGGGACUUGUUCGGUCGCCUACCGCUCCUGCAUCACCUUUGAUCAUUGAGGCUGCAAAGCAAAACGACCUACCGCUGGUAAAGUACUUAUCGGGCAUUGGGCACGACCCCUUCGCUGUUGAUACUUAUGGCUGGGGAAUAGCCCAGUGGGCUGCCAACAACCGUCAGUUUGAUAUACUCAAGUGGAUAGUCGAAAAGUCCUCUAGCCCAUCCCAGUGGCAACUUGCUCCGUCCUCCACCUAUACAAGCGCGAACGAAGCACAAACACAGAUAGUCGACAACGAAGUCAGUUUACUACACUUUGUGGCUGAUCUGCCGGACUUCCUGUCAUACUUCUUCGAGAACCAGUUCUUCGAUAUCAAUAUCACUACUUCUCACGGACGAACCGUGCUUCACUAUGCAUCGAUGAGAGGGUCUAUGGCUUGCUGUCUGAUGUUGUUAGAUCAGGGGAUCAAUAUUUCUGCUCAAGACAAAGAUGGUAAACUUGCAGUUGACUAUGCCCUUGAGACUGGUUUCAACGAUCUUGCCUCGUUUCUUCUAGAAUCAGGGUCUCCUCUUCCGCGAGGCCAGGUUGCACCUACAGGCGACAUGAUAAAGGACCUGACAUCUAAUGAAGGCCUACAGCUGGCCCGACGACGAGAAUUCGAAGGCGCCAUCAUGAAUGGCAAUCUUGAGCUGUGCAAAGCGGCCGUCAGCCAAAGAUGUUCGAUCAACCAGCCUUUACCAAGCUGUCACUCUUGUACUCCUAUCUUCACCGCUAUAAGAGCUCAGAAGCCCGCCGUCGUCAACUGGCUCCUCGACGAGGGUGCUAGCACAUACAGCUUCUUUUGUAAACGCCACCCGACACAAAGUUUAUUCACUCACGCUGUCACUGCCAUGGAGCCGUCACCCUAUAUUGAGAAAUUGCUUUCAACGGCUCUAAAGUCGCGAUCAAUCACGCGCGCAUAUCUUGUUGACGCCAUUUGCCAGAACAUCGGCAAGAGGAACUUGAAUGUACUGAAGCUCAUACUGGAUCAUUUUAGAGCUAAUCUCGACGAAUAUUGCGACGCCUGGAAGGGUGACCUGAGUCUUGCUCUCGGCCGUGAUCCCGCUGAGCAGGUCAAAUCCGCACUACUCAAUUAUCAUAAUCCGGUCGUCUUCCCGCAUAGGACGCCACUACAAGUUGCAGCGGUAACUGGAAAUGUCGAGAUGGUGAAGUUCUUGAUUCAGCAAGGCGCUGAUCUAAACGUGUUUGAUCAACAUCACGACACGCCUUUGAUUAUCGCGGCCAGCCACAGCCAUGUCCUUGUUGUGAAGGAACUUUUGCAACACAAUGCCAUUGUUGGAACGAGCAACAUGUUUGGUAACACUGCCAUGUCGUUGGCUGUUCUCAUGGGCCAUUUAGGUGUUGUGGAGCUUUUAGCAGAAGAGCGGCCGGCUUCGUUACAGUAUAGGAACAUAGAUGGGUCAAAUCUUCUUCUCUGGGCAUCGCAAGAAAGUUCAUCGCUGGCCACUUUUAAGUACCUCCUGUCAAAAAGGCUGGAUAUUCACCGAAGGAGCGAUGAUGGAAUACCUAUGUUUGCUUUCCCUUUGCUUCAAGGAAGGUAUGUGGACUAUUUGUCCCAACAUCGGCUGCUUGAUGAACCAUUACUUUCUCCUGCACCAAACCCAGACAGCAUUCUCAACAAUGCCAUCGUGUUUUGCACAACAAGCCAGGUCAAGCGGUUAUACAGAUCCCUAGCACCGCAUGACGCUGGUGUUCUCUUGAACAUGAGGAGUAAAUCUCAAGGGACCCCUCUGUGUCUAGCGGUAUUUCGAAACAAUGCGGCGACGACGGGUCUGUUGCUAGACCUUGGAGCGGACGUGAAUAAGGUAGGGUGUUGGUUUGGGACACCUCUCAUGUGCGCCAUUACCUUCGGGAAUUUAGGGCUGGUUAAGCUACUUGUCCGACGAGGCGCCAGUCUAGAAUACACUGAUAAGAACGAAGAGAUGGUUAGUGGACUUGAGAAGAGUCUACCGUAUCCUGACAUCACUCGUUGGUUACUGGUUGGGAGAUUUCAAGAUCAGAAGCUGCUGGGAGAUAAGGCAUUUAAUGGUGAAUGCGCCAUUAGGCCAUGGAGUGGCAAAACAGAGUACACGACUUUGUUGAAAGGCUCUCAUCGACGUCGUUGGGAAGAAUCGACUCUGGAUUACUGUAAAAGACUUGCUCAGUUGAAACGAAUAUUGAGAGGCGUAGCAGCUUUCGUGGAGUUUGUUUAGAAGCAGAACAGUAGAAUCAUCAGUACUUCCUUUUCAUGUUUCCCAUGAAAUUAUAUUCCGAUUUACUAGACCG